AUGACAGGCUGCGCAGCAGCUCUGCCUCAAUCGAUUCCUCUCAGUGAGGUCGCUGAGAUACCCGCCGCACCAAUCACCGAGACUCCUCUUGGUGAGGGUGCUGGUACCAAGGUCGUUCCGUAUUCUCCUGAUGCUGUGGUUGCCGACACCUUUGCCUCAGUCCUCGCGGAUCCUGCCUCUGCCGACAAGUCACUCAAGCGGAGAGGUUGGGACUGCUCAGAACAGCCUCUUGGAAAAGGACCAGUCCCAAGCCCCGACUCUCCGGAAGCUUUCCUUGCUAUGGAGGAGAUCUCGAAGGCUGCUACUGAUGCCUCCACGCCGGCUGGCUAUGUUAGCAAGUUCAAGAACUUGAAGGGCAGCAACAACGCCGUGGCAUACCUUGGAUACAAGACCCUGGACACAUACGACACUCAAGCCUGUGCCGACUCUUGCACUGAGAAGGAAGGAUGCUCAGCGUUCAACAUCUUCUACGAGAGGGACCCUUCUGUAGUUCCCGCCGAUUCCUGCUCCAACCCCGCUAGCACUACAGUCAUCAAGUGUGUACUGUGGGGCAGCCCUGUGACCGCCGAAACAGCUGUCAAUAGUGGACAGUGGCGCGCAGAUUUCCACGUAGUCAUUGCUGGAUCGAACGGCUAUGACAGCGAGCGUGUCGUAUCUGUAGACGGCUACAGCGGCGAGUCUCUUGGAAACGUUGCCAUCAACGCUCCAAACGACUGCAACGGUGACGAUACUUACAUGGGCUACAAGCUCUUCAACGACGGUCAACCCUUCGAACCCGCCCGUUGCGCCGCCGCAUGCGAAGCCGAGACAAAAUGGAACGUCGAGCACCUCAACAGCCGCAUGCUAUGCAAGUUCUUCAACACCUACGUCCUGAUGAAGAACGGCGAGCCCCAAGGCCAAUACUGCUCUAUGUACACCCAGAAAUGGGCGAAGAGCGUGGCUGUCAACGAUGGCCAGUACCGCGGAGAUGACCACUACACGAUUGCUUCCAGCUACUCCUACUCCAACACCGCCGACCCUGGAAAGCCUAAGCUGCCCUGCGAUGUCGCCGCCGCCAAGUCUGCCAUCAUUGCUUCGUCGCUACAGCCAUUCUGCUCUACUCUUCUUGGAUACACGACGCAGGUUUCGACUGUGAUCGCUACUGUAACUGCCACUGUUCCCGCUACGACUGUUGUUAUCACCGAUGCGCCUGUGACCACGACCACCACAACGGUCACUCAAGCUCCCCAAAAGCGCGAGGUUGCCGUUCAGGAUACGCCUGCCGCUCUUGCCGACUUUGCUCCCAGUGCUGUCUCUGUAGCCUGCAGCCACCAAGCUACUCCUGUCACAGAAACCACUACGACGUCUACUACGACCACCGCGACCGUUAGCUCCGGCACUGUACUAGUCACUACUACUCUGCCUGUCCGCACUACCAUCAUCACCUCGGUAGUUGCUGCGGCGCCGACAUGCACUGCUCGUGGCGUCAAUCUCGUCAACAAUCCCGGCUUCGAGUAUGGCAUGGCAGCUUGGUCUCAGUCCCAGUACGGCGCCAACGGACCAAUCGCAUGGGGAGUGGGCCCUAACGGCCCAAGCGGUGGUUCUUCCUACAGCGUGACAGGAGGCAAUUCAGGCACCGGCACUCUUCUGAACCAAAAAAUCUACGGUCUAACCAGGGGCGUUACAUACACCUUCUCGUACAAAUACUUCGCCACGGCCUCCCCAGCUGGCUCUAUCAGCUGCUAUAUGAUCGGCACAGGACUGAGCUCGCAGAGCGGCACUGAACGUACCAACUCGUGGAUCUCAGGACCAACCUACUAUGGAGGUACUUUUGUGGCCCAGUCGACCUUUGGGGAGUUGGAGUGCUUGUUCAAUUCGCGCGGUGCGAUGACUUGGCGCAUUGAUGAUUUCUUCUUGGGGUGCUAG